AAAUAAAAAAAAAAAUUGUUAUUUGCUGCUGUUAAUUGAUUGGUAUUUUAAAGUAUACGUUUUACAGUUUAGGAUGAUUCAUAAUGGAGGUUGUGUGAUUGAGCAUUGGUUUCAUUCUCAAUAACUGGCUGUACCAAGUAUGAAUGUUUUCAUUUCUCGGCAGAAGAGUGAAUUUUGAGAUGAAUUUAUGUUGCUUUCAAAGGAAUUUUUCAGCUGCUUUGCCAUCUCUGGUUCCUGUAUCCCUACCAUCUAAAAAGGAAACCCAUUUGUGGUAUGUUUUACCUGAUGAGGUGAAAAGUGAAACUCUCCUAAAUCAAUAUUUAGAAAUUCUAUCACCAUAUGAGAAGGAAAGUAUUUACCGAAAGCAUGGACACCAGCUCAAGAAAAGUGCACUGCUAGCCCGUGCCUUGGUUCGUACUACCAUCGCAAGAUAUCAGACAAAUUGUCAAAUAAAUCCUAGAUCCUUGAAGUUCAGAAAGAACAUCUAUGGGAAGCCUGAGGUAGACUGGCAAAAUGAUGACGACUGGUGCCCGCCGCCAUUACAUUUUAAUAUUUCACACACAUCUUCUCUAGUAGCCUGUGGAGUGACUGUGGAUGUGCCAAUUGGUAUUGAUGUGGAAGAGAAGCAACGGAGGAUAAAGAACAAUAUUCUAGCUUUUGCCAAACGGUACUUUUCUCAUGAGGAACUGCAACUUUUAGCUUCUAUUGCAGACCCUGAAAUCCAACAUCAGGAGUUUAUUAAGUUAUGGACACUCAAGGAGGCAUAUGUGAAAGCACUGGGAAGGGGAUUUUCUGCUGCACCUUUCAAGACCUUUACCAUUUGGACUAGGGUUGAAACUACAGUAAACUUUCAGCAUUUUGAGGCUUUAGAUUCUGAGGCAUCUGAAAUAGUUGUUGAAUCUUCUGAUGACCCUGAGAACCUCACAAACAAUUGGAAGUUUGCACUCCUUGAUUUGGCUGGUUCUCAUUAUGCUGCAAUUUGUGUUGAAAAGGAUAAUUCCAUUGGAGGCGAAACAAAUGCUCCAAUGAGCUUGGCUGUGUGGAAAACCGUUCCUUUUGUUGAAGAUGAGCGUGUUUCAGGAACUGGUGCUGUUGUUGCCAUUGGUGGCUCGGUUAAGCAAUUCUGAUUAAUAUGCAUCCAUUGGUUUAACUCUUUGAUAAUAUCUGGCCAGAUUUCCAACUUUGCUGUAUGAAGCAAAAUGGUGUACAAAAAU